CCUGAAUUCCCCCCUACAUGAUCGACAUUUUAGUUGCUGGAUUGAUCCCUGUCAACGCGAACUAUUUCCCUUUCUCCAAUCUCCCAUCGGUCAACCGUCAUUGGAUCCCUCAGACCCUUCUAUCACCCCGAGUUUUCCUCCGCAUUUCCAUGGAUUGAGGUCCCUCUCCUAUUCGGUUCGACUCUAUAAAUACUAAAAUAAUUAUUACUUCCUGAGAUAACAUCAUGGACGCCGCGAUCGAUCUCUCCGACGCCUCCAAGGCCUUGGAUCUGGCCAACAUCCGUUUUCAGCUCAUCCGUCUGGAAGAUACCAUCACCUUCCACCUCAUCGAGCGGGUGCAAUUCCCGCUCAAUAAACCCAUCUACCUCCCCGGCGGGGUCAAUAUUCCCGGCACCGAGGUCAGCCUCAUGGACUACCUGCUGCGCGAACAGGAACGCCUCCAGUCCAAAGUCCGACGCUUCCAAGCCCCCGACGAGUACCCCUUCUUCCCCGACGUGCUCGAGACCCCGAUCCUCCAACCGCUGCGCUACCCCAAGAUCCUGCACGACAACGACGUCAACGUCAACGCCACCAUCAAGCAGCGCUACGUCGAGGACAUCCUGCCGGCCGUGUGUCCGGGCUUCGGGCGUGCCGACCGCGGCGAGACCCAGGAGAACUACGGGUCCGCGGCGACGUGCGACGUCAGCGUCUUGCAGGCGCUGUCGCGGCGCAUCCACUUCGGCAAGUUCGUCGCCGAGGCCAAGUUCCAGCACGAUCCAGAGACCUUUGUCCGGUUGAUCAAAGCGAAUGACCGCGCGGGUAUCGAUGCCGCCAUUACCAACGCUGCGGUGGAGCAGAAGGUGCUGGAGCGGUUGGCGCUCAAGGCCAAGACCUACGGGACUGAUCCGGCAUUCCCGUCAGAGCAGGGGCCGAAGAUCAACGUGAAUGCCGUGGUGUCGAUGUAUAAGGAAUGCGUCAUCCCCCUGACCAAGGUGGUCGAGGUGGACUACCUGAUGCAGCGGCUGAAGGGGACGCAGUGGGAGUAAUGGAUAUAUAUCACGAGGAACGAUAGAAUCACGCGUCACGUGGG